AUCCAACGGAUCUCUCUUCGUUUCACCGCCGAAUACCUCCUCCGCUAUUUCUCGUCGCCGGCGUCCCCAGUUCUACCAUCUCCGUCGGCCACCACUUCGCCUAUUCUACGCGUCUUCGUGAGCCACGAUAAAAAGCCAAUCGCGUUCAGAUAUGGGUGUCGAGGAUUAUCAUGUGAUAGAGCUCGUCGGUGAAGGCUCUUUUGGAAGGGUUUACAAAGGAAGACGGAAGUAUACAGGCCAGACGGUGGCGAUGAAGUUCAUCAUGAAACAAGGAAAGAGUGACAAGGAUAUACAUAGUCUAAGGCAAGAAAUCGAGAUAUUGCGGAAGCUCAAGCAUGAGAAUAUCAUUGAAAUGCUCGACUCCUUUGAAAACGCCCGAGAGUUCUGUGUUGUCACUGAGUUUGCCCAAGGUGAAUUGUUUGAGAUUCUUGAAGAUGACAAGUGCCUUCCGGAAGAACAAGUUCAAGCAAUCGCAAAGCAGUUGGUAAAAGCAUUGCAUUACUUGCAUUCUAACCGUAUAAUUCACCGUGACAUGAAGCCACAAAACAUACUUAUUGGUGCUGGGUCUGUCGUUAAGCUAUGUGAUUUUGGUUUUGCUCGAGCUAUGUCCACCAACACUGUGGUUUUGCGAUCCAUUAAAGGCACUCCGCUGUACAUGGCGCCAGAGCUUGUGAGAGAAAAACCAUACAAUCGCACGGUCGACCUGUGGUCUCUUGGUGUUAUAUUGUAUGAGUUAUAUGUAGGUCAACCUCCGUUCUACACCAAUUCUGUGUAUGCUCUCAUUCAGCACAUUGUUAAGGAUCCUGUCAAAUAUCCUGAUGAAAUGAGUCCUUAUUUCAAAAGCUUUUUGAAAGGAUUGCUCAACAAGGAGCCCCAAAAUCGAUUAACCUGGCCUGCUCUUCUUGAGCACCCCUUCGUUAAAGAAUCACAAGAAGAAGUUGAAGCCAGGGAAAUCCAAACUCCAGUAGUUGACCAUAAGGCAGCUUGGAUGCUCAAAGGAAAUGGAGGGCAACAGAGAAAUGAAAAGUGCGACUCUGUGACCCUGGUUGAGAACAUGUCUGCUACAAAAGUUCUAGCUGACGUUCAGUCAGAUAUGAAGAGUGCUGUCAAUGUAAAUUCUCCACCCCCUGAGGAUUUUCUUGGAUUCCCAACCCAAGAGGAGAUAAAAAGUUCAGGUAACGCAACACUGGACAAAUUGGAAAAUACAUCUCGCACUGUUAAAGGUGCACAAGUUAUAGGUGAAGAUGAUAAAGCAUUGGAUCUUGUCUUGCUGUCACUGGAAAGAUUUUCAAAAUCACCAGAUUCUAAAAGGGACAAAGAUGUUGCUUGCUCUGUUCAGUCCCUCAGGAUCAUUUCCAAUUUGGUUGCAGCUCGUGCCAUAGUUUCAGUUGGACUGAUUGAGAAAAUAACGUGUGCACUGCUAGACUUUACUGACGCUCUUGUUGGGAUGAAAUCAUCCGAGUUCAACAAAAUAAUACCAAAGAGUCUUUCAGUCACUAAAAACUUGGUAGGGCAUAUUGAAGGCAAUAGCAUACAUAGUUCCUAUAUCAGGCACUGGACCAAAGUAGUGGAAAUCUUCGUACAGGUCGUUGGAUGGAAAGAAGAGGGAACUGGUAGAAUUAUAUAUGAGGCCUGUUCUUGCAUCACAACAAUGUUAUCUCGAGUUGCCGAAGAUCUUAAAUCUUCAACUCCUGAUUCUGUUUCUAAACAGAUUUUGGAGCAUGCUAAUAUGUCUCGCUUAGUUGAUCAUUUGUGUCUUUGUCUGGCUUCUUCUGGGUCGAGUUUAACUUCCGGCACUUCACAAAUGUUAGCAGCUGCCUGUGAAGCUUGUAGAGCAAUAUGGAUUCUCAUAGAUACUUCCGAAACAUUCUUCAAGAACGAUAAUGUGAACAUAUUACCUCUAGAUGCUUUGCAGAACCGUCUCUCUCAGCAUGAAAAAGGAAACAGUGAGUGGGGUCCGUUAUCUGAGAAACUUGUUGAUACAGUGACAAGAACAUAUCUCCGAUCAAAGCAUGUGCAAGUUGCUGUCAGUCAUUGCCUUCACCAACGAGUGGAGGCUCCAUUGGUUUCUGCAAUUCAGCUCUUGUCAAGAUGCUGCCUUCACAAUGGAAUUAUGCCUAGCAUGCUUUGUGGUCUUCCCAGUUCACUGCCUAUUACGACCGUAGUCAGUGGUGGAGAGGAUGUUGCUCAAUGUUUGAAGUUGACUGGGAGAAAUUCUGCCCUGUUAAUGCUUACAACUUCUCCAAGGAAGCAUCUACAUCGUCUUACUGCUAUAGCCAAUCACAUUGCCUCUGAUGAUAAAAUUGAAGCUUCUCUUCAGAAUCACUCUGCUUCAGCUAUGCUUGCUCUCGCAUCUAUUCUCUCUCUUGAAAACGGAUCUUCUGCUGAAUCUUCUGUCUCGGAGAUUGCGGUACCUCUGAUUCCUCGAGCUACUAAGCUUUGUUAUCAUCUUAGACCUAUGCCAAGUCAUGAAGGUGAAGUCAUCUCUCAUUCUGCCAAUUUUACCAAAUGGCACGGACUUCUGGAUGGAUGUAUCGGUUUAUUAGAAUCCAGAUUGAAGUGGGGAGGACCUUUAACUGUGCAGCAGCUUAUUGCUAGUGGUACGCCAUUGCUUCUUAUAAAUCUGUUAGCUGGCAAACUUUCAAAUGCUUCCCCAGAUGACAUCAAGAAAACACCCAACCGGAUUGGCUUGUCCCCUGUUGGCGUUAUAUGGACUGUCUCUUCCAUUUGCCACUGUCUUUCAGGCGGCACUUUAACUUUCCGUCAGGUUCUUGUGAAGAUUGAAAACAUGAAGCUGAUUACUUGUUUACUAUCUGAUGCUCAUAUCAAGCUAGUAAAGAACUGGGGAGGUCCGGGGGGAGGAAAAGAUGGAGUCAGAGAGACAAUAAAUGUGAUAAUUGAUCUCUUAGCAUUUCCUUUUGUUGCUCUACAAAGUCAACCAGGUUCGUUAUCUGCCACAGCCUCUGUAAAUAGUGGAUUUAUUCUCAACAUGGGUUCUCCUGGGGUGAGAGUGUGCAUGGAAGAUAGAGAUUUGCUAAAAGCUAUAGAAGAGGAUAUGGACAAAUACAUAAAAGUCCUCCUGGAGGUGGGAGUUCCAAGUUUAAUCCUACGUUGCUUGGAACACUUGGAAAUAAAAGAUCUAGUAAGGCCCGUUGCUUUUCUUGCCAAAAUGGUGGGUCGUCCACGUCUUGCGGUAGAGCUCGUGAGCAAAGGUCUGUUAGAUCCUAACAGAAUGAAAAAAUUACUCAACCAAUCAAGUCCAAGAGAAGUCAUACUUGAUAUUUUGAUGAUCAUAUCUGAUCUAUCUAGGAUGGAUAAGGCUUUCUAUAAAUACAUCGGGGAGGCUUCUGUUUUGCAGCCUUUGAAGGAAUUUCUUACCCAUGUGGAUCCAAAUAUACGUGCAAAAGCUUGUAGUGCUCUUGGCAAUAUGUGCAGACACAAUGGAUAUUUCUACAGCUCUCUUGCGGAACAUCAAAUCAUCGGUCUCCUCAUUGAUCGAUGCGCUGAUCCGGACAAACGAACACAAAAAUUCGCUUGCUUUGCUAUUGGAAACGCUGCUUACCAUAACGACACGCUGUAUGAAGAGCUACGACGAUCUAUAACGCAGCUAGCAAACGUCUUGACCACUGCUGAAGAAGACAAGACAAAAGCAAACGCUGCUGGUGCAUUGAGCAACCUUGUCCGAAACUCCAACAAACUCUGUGAAGAUAUAGUCUCCAAAGGAGCUUUACAAACGUUACUGAGGCUAGUUGCCGAUUGCUCGACUCUUGCCUUGAACCCAAGCAAGAAAGAGACAGCAAGUGAGUCACCGCUCAAGAUCGCACUCUUCUCAUUGGCUAAAAUGUGUUCGAACCACCACAUUUGCAGACAGUUCGUGAAGUCAUCAGAGUUGUUCCCGGUCAUUGCAAGGCUUAAACAAUCCCCUGAGGCUAACAUUGCUCACUAUGCUUCAGUUAUUGUCGCCAAAGUUGGUGGUGACACUGAUUCUUAAGAAAUAUUACGUCCCUGUAAAUGUAUUGUGUUAAGACAUCGUUCGUUUACAUUGUAGUCUUGUUAUUACGUUGAAAAUCGUUUAAGAAAUGGGCCAACGAUCUAAACUGCAGUAAACUGUCAAAUUACUU